GAUCUUGACACGGCACCCACGCAUAGGCGUCCACGGCACCCACGCCGCCGCCUCCCUCCUGGCCCCCGACGCAGCCCACGCGGCGGCGCCGCCACAACCCCAGCCAUUGUCCACUCGACGGGCCAGGAUUCCAAGUGCUCACUCACGUCGAAACCCCAAGCCUAAUCCCCAAUCCGGCAAUUCCCCCUCCACCUCAAAGCUCCCCCCUUACCUCACCCUAAAUCCUGGCAGAUGGCUCCGGCGAUGCCGAAGCAGCGCGCGGUGCAUCUCCCCGACAACGAGGAGGUCGCGCGCCUCCUCCUGGAGAAGCACCGGUCGAUGCUGGAAAAAGACAUCCCAGACAACCUGAGCCUCACGCUCUCCAACGCCUACCGCAACGUCUGCGCCGCCAAGGAGCCCAUCCGGACCCUCAAGGACCUGCUCAAGAUCAAGGGUGUUGGACCAUGGGUCAUCCGUCUCAUAAAAGAGUCCUUUCCAGCGUCCAGCCCGGAUUUAUCUCCUCCAAAAUGUAAAGAGAAAGGGGAAAAGGGGAAGAAAAUAAAAAUACCAGAGCAUAGUCCUGAACUUGUUUGCAGCAAUUCUGCUUCUAUUGCAUCCCAAGAACUGAUACAGUUGACCAGUCAAGAGCAGCUCAGUUACAGUUCUGAAGUUCAAACUACCGGUUCUGCUGAAUUCACUAUGCUAGACAAGGACACUGGUGGUAUGGGCAAUUCUAUACUAGCUAUGCCACCUCGUCUAUCCAAUGAAAAGUUUCUUGAAGCUUAUGAAGUGGUGUUGAUAUUGGAUGAUCGUGAAAUUUUUGGAUCCCGUGGCAAAAGAGUUGUUGGUAACAUACAUUCGAAGUUUCAUGUACCUGUAGAGAUAAAACGCCUGCCUGUUGGAGAUGGUAUUUGGAUUGCUCGUCAUAGAAGAUCUCAUACGGAGUAUGUUCUUGAUUUCAUUGUUGAAAGGAAAAGUGUAACAGAUUUAGUUAGCUCAAUUAGAGACAGCAGGUACAAAGAUCAGAAAUUAAGGCUAAAGAAAUGUGGACUAAGGAAGCUGAUAUAUCUGGUUGAAGGUGAUCCAAACCCUUUAGGCGCAUCAGAGAGCAUCAAAACAGCCUGCUUCACCACUGAGAUUCUUGAAGGAUUUGAUGUUCAGAGAACCACUGGAUAUUCUGAUACUGAAAGCACAUACGGCCACCUGACACUCUCGAUAAUUGAUUACUACAGCACAAAUUUCUCAAUCGGUGCUAACACUUGUCGAGUUUGCUUAACUUAUGACGAGUUUGUGAAGAAGUGUUGUGACCCCAAGAAGUUAACUGUGAGCGACAUAUUCGCCCUACAACUUAUGCAGGUACCACAGGUGACAGAAGAAACUGCAAUUGCAGUUAUAGAGCUCUACCCUACUCUUGUCUCACUUGCUCGGGCGUACUCCAUGCUUAUGGGUUAUAACUUGGUGUUUGAACUAAAACUUGCUCCUGUAAUGUUUAUAAGGAUGGUGAUACCCCUGCCCAAGAGAAGAUGCUGAACAUGAAGAGCAAGAUGGUAAAUGCGGGGGCUAGCAGAAAUAUCUUCAAGCUUGUCUGGGGUGAAGGGUGAAAUAUUAUUCCUUACCUAGUUGCCUAUAUGGACUCCUUCCUGACUUGACUUGGUUCAACCGGCCUUUUGUCACCAUCUCGAUGAUUUUGGCGCCAGCUCUUGUGAUGAAGCUCCAUUGUUCCUGGAGCUGUCGUCGCAUAAUAACCUGUAUGUUCCGAAGGUAAAUUAAGACGGUUAUUUCUGUGCCGUGGUGCCUUGGGCGCUGGAAGUUUCAUCACCUAAAAACCUCCCGAUCAGGUGGUUACCUCCCUGUUGUAGUAGACCUGCAUGCCGUGCAAUGAGCUGGCUAUGUUAGCUUGCAAAAACGUCUUAUAUUGUGGGGCGGAGGGAGUAUUAUUAAGUGUCGAAACAAAAUGUAUUAAGUGUCUUGUACUAUGCAUUGUCUUGUGUUAUUUGAAACAAGUUUGAAUGGAAGCCUCCGAGAUGAUAAGAGAAUUUGAAUC